AUGUCUGCGAGAAGCAGAGUCGACGAGUAUGGUUACAUCCGUGAGCCCCGGCGUGCCCGGGAGUACGAAGAGCGCCGGUACGAGAUCCGUGAGCGGUCGCGCUCUCGGGACCGGGUGCCUUAUUUCCUCCGCGAAGAGAAUCGCCGCCCAGAGCAGGGUCCGCUGGUGCUCCGCGAGCGCGAGCGCGAGAUCGUCGAGCGACCAGUCCGAGGCCGGUCUCCAACUCCUGUUCGGGUACAUGAGCGGGUCAUCGAGCGCACCAGGAGCGUCACCCCGCCCCCUCGGCCGCCGUCGAGGCGUGACGGCCGUGAGGAGGUGCGCAUCCGCCAGGUUGUGAGGGAGUCCAGCCGUGGCCCGGGUCCAGAGAGGAUCCGGUUCAUUGAUUCGCACUCGCGGUCCCCCUCGCCUGUUGAGCGUGAACGGAUUCGUAUUGUCGAGAAGGAGCGUGCUCCGAAUCCCCCCCCGUCCCCUAGACCCACGACUCCCCAAGUCAUCCAGGGCCCCAUCAUCGAGAGACAAGUCAUCACUCACUAUCGGGAUAUUGAUCAUGGAAUCGUCCCUGCGCAUCCCCCGUCUCCUCUCCGUGAGCAUCGCGACACAGAGAUUGAGAUCCACACGUCGCGGGGAGGGACUGAGGUCGGCAUCCAUCGCGCACGUUCUCGCUCCCGGGUCCGUGGCCGCUCCAUUGAGCGCCCUGUGAUCCGGGUCGACGACGAUGCAUCCGUCCGGGUUGAUCGCAAGCACUUGCAUGUCGACAUUGAGCGUCGUCGUAGCCUCUCCCGCACCGGCGGCCGCCGUGCUCAUUCUGCUGCUCCACCUAUCAUCGAUCACUCAUCCUCGUCCUCUGAUGAGGAGUAUGAAAUCACCUCCCGUAUCGGUGCCCGCAGCCGCCCCGGCGAGGCUAUUGGCGGUAGCACUCGCAACUGGACCAUCAUCGACGUGCCGCCGGGCACCGAGCGCGUUCGCAUGGAUGGCGCCGGCGGUGCCUCGGCCGAGGUCACUUGGUCCAAGUACAGCGGUGUGAGGAGAACCCGUUGGAUCCCUGACCGCGACGAGGAGAAGGACAAAGACUCAAUUGUAUCGUCUACCACCACGACCACGACUGUGUCGGAGCGAGAGCGUGGCCGGGUUCGCAGCCGUUCUCGCGAUCGCCGUGUGAGUGUGUCGAUUAACCUUGAUAAGAACGACGACCGUCGUGAGCUCGAGGUUGAGAAGGUCACCGACCGUCGCAUCGUCCGCGCGUCGAGCACCAACCCGCCCGCCAAGCGCCAGCCGGAGACCUGGACCGAGAUCACCAAGGACCUGGUCUGCCGCGAGGCAAUUGAGCAGCUGGGCUAUGAGUACGAGGAAACCGACUGGUUCUACUACAUCGUGGAGUACCUAAGCUAUGAUGAGGUCUGCCAACUGGUCGACCUCUCAGACCGUAUCCGCGCCGAGCGCCAGCAGCGCGCCCGCGAGCUGGCCUGGGAGCGCGGCGAGUGGCGUCCCGUCGACGACUGGGACCUGUACUACUACCGUGACCACGAGGACCGCCACCGCGGCCGUGACCGUCAUAGUCGCCGCCAUCACCAUAAGUACCGCUAUGCGUCAUCGACCGUCGACUAUGACGACGACGGCGACUCGCGUGUCGUCGAGCGCGAGGUGGUGUAUGAUAGCCACCGGUCGAGGUCGAGGGGGUAUCGGCAUUAA